AUGUUGGAUGACGAAUACUACUACCACGAUGAUUACCCCUAUCUUCUUGAUGAAGAAGAAGACAGCGCUGAUCUCUAUCUGAACACAAUAUGGGAAGAAUGUACGGCGGAUUUGAUAUCCAAGUCCACUGUGGCAACAACUUCACCAAGUCUUGGAAAUAUCAGUUUCAGCAGUUUCAGUGACUCUGCGCAACAGCAAAAACAACAACAACAUCAAGAAUUAUUGGAUCGACAAUACAGCCAAGACAGUCUUUUCUCUGCAAAGAGUGAGCCCUCCAAAAGGUUGAAUGCCGCCCAUACGAAUGAUAGUAGUGAGGAAGAUGGCGAUGGCGAUCAUGCUGAUUGUUCCAAUGACUCAUCAUCGUCAUCACACAAGAGUAACCGAACAAUCGAGUUGCUCUUGCCCAGUAACCACCCACUUCAUCAUGAAAGUCCCAAGUCAUUACCCAUGGAACUGAUGCUGGCCAUGAAAAACAAUAACAAUGACGAAAACAAGAACGACAACCAUUCCAAACAUCUUGACUUUUCAGGUGCUGUGAUCAUGGUCAUGGAGCAUCCUCAACAACAACCCCGCGAAUCGAAGAGAGAACGAAUUCGCUCCAAGAUGAAGGCUAUUGAAGAGAAGGUUGUAGAGGCGAGAGACCUUCUGAUCACGAAAUCAAUCAGCAACGGCGGGAGAAACCAAGAGCAUUCACACUGUUAA